UCGAAAUCCACAGCCAUGGAAAGUUUGGAAGUAUAUGAUAAGAUUUGUCAUUGGCUUUGGGCAGUUGCUGCAAUAGUGGGCGUUGAUUACUUCAGGAAUAAUAAGUGGAACUGGAGGGUUGUAGUUUGCGUAAACGUAAUUGUGGUGGGAUUCAUAAGCAUUGUGUACACCUUAUAUAUUGUCCGACAUGAUUUUACCCUAGUUUUGAAAUGUAUUGGCACUUCUACGGUAGCAAUCACAGGAGUAGCGAAGCUUUACUCUACACUUAACACUCAAAAACGUCAAGAAGGAUUAAUCCUUUUUAUCCGAAGAUUAUAUGUCGUAAACAGUGAAGGAAGUACAAGAAGGCGCAACAUCAUGCGAAUGUCCAGUGCAAAGUUUUUCACCAUUAUUAAGGCAACUAUCGGGUUGUGCACAUUCAUUAUCUUAAUCGUUGCAGCGAACCCAGUGUAUUCAUUUUUCUUUCUGAAGAAAGUUGAACUAUUUUUCGAAGUGCAGUUCGUAGGACAUCCAAUGAGUGAAGCGUCUGCAAGGGUCUAUUAUGUCAAUUACAUAAGUCAGUUCAUAUACAUAACCUUGGCAUAUACCGGCAAUGUCCUGCAUGACGUUAUACUUUGCAUGCUUGCGUUUUAUGUCUAUGCGUUGAUGGAGCUGCAAAAGUCAGCAUUUGACGAAGCGGAGGAACUCAUUGGCCUCGAUAAGGAGACUUUCGAAAAGAGCUUCAAAAACUGCAUGAUUAUGGUUCAAGACACAAAUAAUUAUAUUUUGGAGAUUAAUAAUUUAUAUUCGUUUGUUGUCUUCAUUCAGAUAGGAGCAUCUUCCGUGGCAAUGGCGCUGAAUCUUUUUUGUUGUGUUAUGACCGACUGGUUAGGAGCAUAUGCGCUGGUGAUGCUUAGUUUUAUUCAAAUAUUCGUCUACUGUCUUAUCGGAACAUUUCUCGAGAUUAUGAGUGACAAAAUGGUCGACAUCGUUUAUCAGUUCCCAUGGUACUCAACUUCUUAUGAAAAUAAGAGAUUGUUGUGUUUCACUCUAAUGAAAACCCAGAGAAUAACGAAGCUUAAAAUUGGGGGAGUGGCCGAUUUAAAUGUCAACACUGCUGCAUCCGUAGAUUUUCAAGACAAUUUAUUCAUAUUUGAUGAUGCUUCUCAAUUUCACUGAAUAAUGCAUCUUCCCCGAAGUAGAAAAAAACGAACGGGAAAAAGAUUCAAUGGAGGAUGCGAUUGUGAUUGAUUCAUUGCUUUCUAAAAAAAUUAGUUAUAAGGUGAAUAAUGGAGUUUAUCUAGAUUCAUUUAUUAGACACUAAAUGUGAAUGCAAAAAU